AUGGCGAAUGUGAGGGACAGUGAUACUUCGUUGUGGCUUCAUAACAAGUUGGGAACGUCAAACGACAGCUGGACAGGAAGUUCGAUCUGUUCGCAAUUGAAUGCUGAAGUCUUGAGAAACAUAAAGGACUGUUUUCCAGAUCUCCAAACGCAAGUCAAGCUCAAAUUACUCCUUUCAUUCUUUCACAUACCGAGGCGCAAUGUUGAGGAGUGGCGAGGAGAGCUGGAGGAGAUCAUCGAGGUGGCGUCCCUGGACAGCGAGCUGUGGGUAUCGAUGCUGGCCGAAGCGAUGAAGACAUUUCCCUCAACGGGAUCCUUGAACACAGACAUCUCAGACCUUGAUGAGCACCGUCCAAUUUUCGGUGAGCUCGUCAAUGACUUGCGAAAGCUCCUGAAGAAGCAGCACGACCCGGCGAUGCUGCCCCUGGAGUGUCACUACUUGAACAAAACAGCUCUGAUAUCAGUUGUCGGCCAACAGCCAGCCCCAACCAAACACUUCACCCUGAAGCGCAAGCCAAAGAGUGCAGCACUGCGAGCAGAAUUACUCCAGAAGAGUGUGGACGCUGCUAACAACUUGAAGAAGAGCACAGCACCAACAGUACCAGUGAGAAGUAGAGGAAUGCCAAGAAAAAUGACAGAUACAACUCCCCUGAAGGGAAUACCGAGCCGAGUACCAACGAGUGGAUUCAGAUCACCAGCUAUAACUCCAUCGUCGAUGUACACGAGAACUCCCAUCAGCAGCCGAAGUCGAAAGGAUGGAGGAAUUAAAUUACUGGAGAUCACUGAGCAGCCGCUGGGCUAUGCCCAGGCGAAGAAACGAAAGCGCAUGCUGGAGCUCGAGGAGCAACAGAAAAAAGUCGCUGAGGCACAGGCUGCAGCUGCUGCUGCCUCCACCACCAGUCCAACAUCUGCUGAGGCAUCUACAACACCGGAAUACGCCCAGGGUCUUGCUCCCAUCAAUCCACCUGCCACUCCAGCCACUGCCAGCACUAUCACGGGAACAUCCACCACUCAGACGUACACGACUACUAGUACACCUGCUGCUGUUCCCAGCACUCCUAGUACUCCUCAGACCCCAACGACCCCAAGCACUCCAACAACUCCCAGCACUCCAGUGCCGACUCCCACCAUCACCACCGUGGAGACAACACCAGUGGGUGUCCAGACAGUUCGACCAGCCCAAACAGUCACCCAAAUUCGAAUCCAAACGAAUCCACCACCUGCAAAUGCUGCUAACACCCGAAAGGGCCUGUCCCUCACGAGAGAACAAAUGCUCGAGGCCCAGGAGAUGUUCAGAACAGCGAACAAAGUCACUCGACCCGAGAAGGCCCUAAUCCUUGGAUUCAUGGCUGGCUCCAGGGAAAAUCCAUGCCCCAAGCUUGGAAAUAUCGUAACUGUCAUGCUCUCGGAAAAUGUCGAGGAUGUCGUCCAACCGGAUGGAACAACUGUUUCAAUGCUAGUUGAGACACACUUCCAGAUGAACUACACCAAUGGUGAAUGGAAGAGAAUAAAAAAGAACAGGAGAGUCGUGACUGAAGAGUCUGUAGCUGCCAGUACACCCACAGCCCCUGCCACAGCCACAGCAUCCAAUUAAAUUUUUUAUUCAAAUUUUGCUUAUUCGAGGUGGCAAUCGAUCGGUCGUUUUUUUUUUUCUACGCACAUCGUGUUCUCUAUUUCGUUAAUCAAAUCAUUAUACGUUUUCUCCACGUAUCGCACGUUGUAUUCAUUAAAAAUUUUUGACGUUCUGAUGAAAAAGAAAAUUAUGAAAAUUGCAAGUAGUGGCAAUUAGACGAGAUUAAUUGAUUAAAGGGAAUCUCAGUCUGAGAUAAAUCUAUUGACGAGACAGAUAUCUCAAAUAUAUGUUAUCAUAUAACGACGAAUCAUGUGAUGAAUGGAUUGCAUUGUUUAACUUAUAUUUUUUCCUCGAGG